ACUGCCCUGAGCAAAAGAACUUGUUUGCUGGGGAAAAAAAAAUCUGUGUAGAAUCUGGUCAUCUGCACAGCCAAGCUCCAAGGGUUCUCAGUGGGAUCAUCUAUGGGUCUGGAGCAUCGGUGAACCUUCUCCAUAACUGCUGAUCACAGAACACAGCCUUUGGUGACCCCAUACCAUUUUUUAUACAGGAGAACUUAAGAAAGCCUUCAAAGGGGCAACUACAAUCUCUCCCUUUUUUUGAUACAUAUCCAAGGACAAGCGGAUCCACUAAAGGUGAUCCACCAUGGCAGGUCAUCAUGUGAUUAUGCACAACACACUUAUAGGUGAACCUUACAUGGAAAUAUUCGAGCAGCCCCGUCAGAGAGGGAUGAGAUUCCGAUACAAAUGUGAAGGGCGAUCAGCUGGCAGUAUCCUUGGUGAACGAAGUUCAGAAAAUAACCGCUCGUACCCAUCAAUCCAGCUGCAGAACAUGAACUACAAUGGUAAAGGCAAAGUGAGGGUGACAUUAGUCACAAAAAAUGAACCAUACAGGCCACAUCCCCAUGAUCUGGUUGGGAAAGAUUGCAGAGAUGGGUAUUAUGAAACCGAAUUUGGUGCUGACCGCAGAGUUUUGUGCUUUCAGAACUUGGGUAUUCAGUGUGUUCGAAGAAGAGAAGUAAAAGAUGCCAUUCAUUCCAGAAUGAUGCGGAAAAUCAAUCCUUUUGGAGUGCGAGAGGACCAACUGCUGACGAUUGAGGAUUAUGAUCUAAACGUUGUGCGUUUGUGCUUUCAAGUUUUUCUUGCUGACGAGCAUGGGAAUUACACCAGAGCUUUACAUCCUGUUGUUUCCAACCCAAUUUAUGACAACCGUGCCCCUAACACUGCUGAACUUCGGAUAUGCCGAGUAAAUAAGAACUGUGGUAGUGCAGCAGGAGGAGAUGAAAUAUUCUUGUUAUGUGAUAAAGUUCAAAAAGAUGACAUUGAGGUACGAUUUUUCACCAAUACUUGGGAAGAUAAAGGACAAUUUGGACAAGCGGAUGUGCAUCGUCAAGUUGCUAUUGUAUUCAAGAGCCCUACAUUUCCCUUUGAUAUCACUGAAGUCACAACAGUGAAAAUGCAGCUUAGAAGACCAUCAGAUCAAGAAGUCAGUGAACCUAUGGACUUCCGAUACAUUCCUUGUGAAAAAGAUAAUUAUGCUAAGAAGAUGAAAAAAAAUGAAGAUAUGUUGCAAAGAUUUUAUGGUUCCCUUCGAAAUCAUCAAGUGGAAAAAACAACAAAGUCAUUGCAUGCCAUGGAACGACCCAUAAAGAAAGAACCAGUAAUGAAUGAGACAUGCGUGAAGCCUAAAAAUGAAAUUGAUUCCAUGCCAAGGUCCAGCCCGUCACUCUUCACUUUUAACAUGCAUACACUGCCAGAAACAGGAAAUGUAUCCACAGCACCAAGUUCUCAGAAUUUCCUUUGGCAAAAUGCAAGCACAUCAUCCAACCCAACUACCAUCCCAAAUUAUGGUUAUAAUCUAAGCACCACGCCAACAAUAAACAUAUCUGCUCAGAAAGCCUAUCCGAUGAGAAAAGCUCCAGAGGCUUCGGCUAACUCCUUGGAUUUUAAUGCUAUAUUCCACUCAAACACUGAUCCUACUUUGCAAAAGGCGACAUAUGUUUCUGAGAAAGGCCUACCUAAUACGUUUCGUGUGCCUAGUGUCUCUCAGUCCAAUUACUCAAUCCUAUCUACUGAAAACACCAUGUAUGGAUCACCAUAUCACCGAGACGCAUACGAAACAGAUUCCAAUCAGAUGAUAUUGAAUUCAUUGAAUGAAACUUCUUGCUCCAGUAUUUCUCAAGCCAGUUUUUACAGUUCCCCGUUUCAUCCUACACAACCGGACAGCAACAUGUCCAACCAGCCAUGCGGUGAUCUAUUAGAAGCAUCGGGUGACUAUAUUAUGAGUGUUGAUUCAGAAUUCGAAACCAUCUUGGAGAAUAUAUCAAAAAGCAUGGCCAACCAGUAGCACACCUAGAAACUGGUGUUAUUUUUUUUUUUUCACGACGUUAGAUUGACAGACCUCAGGAACCUAAUUAUUCCUCUGGACAUGCGAAGUUUCAGAAAUAAUAUAGUCAGUUGACCAGUUGGUAACUGGUAACUAUGCUGUAUACUGGAUCAGGCUUCAAAAGGCAAUUAUAGUUACACCUCUUAUGGACUGUUGACUUAGAACAAUCUUAAUUCUCAUAGUCUUGAAUCUAAUAUAGGUAAUAUCAUACUCUUGCAGCCGAUACGGUGGGUCAUAAUGGUUUCCUUUUAUAUACUGGAAAUCCUCUCUUUUGUGAUUGUCUGAGAAAAAAAAAAUAAGUAGGAAGCACAAGUAGGGUAGGCCUGUACUAGCUGAAAAUCCGCAGUAUAUUAUAGAAGCAGUAAAGUCGAUCUGACUUUACAAAACCCAUAUCAAUUUAUAUUGCAGAUAUCCACCAUGGAUUCCACCAUUUAUAAGGCCUAUGGGGAAAAUUCGGGGCAAAUUUGCAUUAAAAAUCUGUGAUAAUUCCUAAUGUAACACAUGUAGCUUUUGCUACAGAAUUGAUACUACAGAAAAUCUGCCCCUGUGGCUGUACAUUUACAAAAAAGUGCCACUUGGAAAGUCUUCUCAAAGUGCUUAUUAGUGAGCACCUCACCGACGUAAGGUCUCCCAUCCAUGUAGCACAGCUGAGAGGGGUUACAUGAUAAGACUGGGACUACAGGGUAGCCCACGCCUAAGAUAGACAAGGGGUGGAUCCCCUUUAUCUAGUCCUACAAUUAUCACUUUAGAGGUAAUUUAGUGGGUGUACAGUACCCGAACCCAAUAGUUUAGCUUUGAAAAUAAAUCAUAUUGGUGGUGUAAUCUAAAAGCGCAACAUCAGUACAAAAUGUUGACCAUCUACAUUUUAAACAGUUAUAAUAUAACCGUUUGCUUGACCAGUGUAAAGUAUAGCUAAAUAUGAAGAUUCGACAGUGCUCUUUAUAAGGAGUUUUGUUUUACCUUAAUAUAGAAAUGUUGCUUGUGGUGUGAUCAGCUUUUUAUACUUUUUUUUUUAACAACUACUAUUAUAUUUGCUAUUGUGCAAAUAUCUACAUAUAGAUAUAAUGACUGUGUCAUUGUAACUAGAUCUCGGCUAAACCAGCUAAUUAACAUAUCACUUGUAAACAGCUUUUUAACGAUAAAUUUAUGGACAUAACUUGGUUGUCAUAUCGGGCCUUAAUGCGGCCAGAAGUCUCCUUUGCUCAUCUUCAUCUAGCUGUCCCAUAUGUUUAUUUCUUAGUAUAGAAAAUGGUGAUAGAUUGUGAGAUGGUAAAAAUUGACGCAGCGUAUGUGAACACAAAUUUUUGUUUGCUCAUAUCUAGGGUGUUUCUUUAGUUGCGGGAUCAGCAAACUCCAGCUUUUCUGAAACUACAACUCCCAGAAUCCACCUUUCACUUCUAUAGGACGUGUGUAUGCUGGGAGUUGUAGUUCCACAACAGCUGGAGUGCUGACCCCCACUUUAAUCUUCUAUUAAGUAUUGUUACCUCCAUUUUUAUUGGAAUGUAUAAAGGAGAAUAUGCAGAUACACAGCAUUAAUCACUCCCCAUCCUAGAAAAAGCUGUGAAAAGCAAUAUCCCAAAAUCACUGAAACACUAAUGUAAAAUUACAGCAUUUGUAGGCAAGUAGAUUAGCAAAAUGGGUCUGCUUUUAUUUUUUCCCCAGCUCAAGCCUACAAAAGUGAAUUGAGGUGAAAUACCAGACACAGCUCAUGGGCAAAAGUGGCACUGCUUCUAGGGGGUUAGGGGAGAAGACCCUCAUAAAUCCCUUUAACUCUGCCUCUAAUGGUGGAGGUUAAUCAAGGUAAUUCUAAUUAAGUCCUAUUUAGGAACUGCUAUGUGAAAAGUUUUUCUCCCUUCUUAUGCCACUUUCACACAGUCAGCGUUUGUUCAGUGAUUUCCAUCAGUGAUUUUGAGCCAAAACCAGGUGCGAGUAAAAAAAAAAACCACAGAACAGAUGCAAAUCUUUCCAUUAGGCUGGGGCUACAGGGCAAUCUUGAGCAGCCAUAGAAAUUAAUGGGGGUCGCAGCAGUUUGCCACAUGUGACCCUAAAAUCACAAAAACUCAAAAGCUCCUGGAUUUUCUACAAUUUUGUGGUUGCGGCAAACAUGCGAGUAGUGCUAUGACCCCAUUCAUUUCUAUGAAUGCCCUGCUACACUGCGAUCCUUGGUAACAUGAGACCCAUCGCAUCAAAGAUCGUUGUAUAGCCCUAGCCUUAGACCUUAGCCUCCACACCGGUUCUGGCUCGCAAUCACUGAUGGAAAUCACUGACCAAACACUGAUGGUGUGAAAGCUGCAUUAUAAUGAGAAACGUUGAGGUGAAUGCCGGAUACAAGCUGGGCUGAACUUAGGGGUGUGCCACCUCUGUAAUCACACUACUGAAGGUUGUGAUGACCAGGGCACCAUGAGCUUGUACCCCUCAUUUCACACUUUGUACCCCAACCUAUGGAAAGGCAGGAUGCAGCUACAUUCCCUAGUUCCAUCAGGCCGUGUAUCACUGUAUUAUUUGGGAGCUACAGUAUAUGGUACAUCAUCACGUAGAGGGUACUGAGCAGGGUACCAUCCUUCCUAUGGCUAGGGCUGCUAUAUUAUAUACAGCACUUCCGUGCACCAGUCUUGAUAUUAUGUUAACAGCACAUGGCUAGAUGUUAAUACGCGGUAUACAGCUGCCCAUUAGAUUCACCCAAUUUAUUUGCAUGUAAAAAGGCAUUGUUGUUUCAAGUGACUUCUCGUGUUUUACCACUGAGUGGAUUACUUUAUUUUUUUGCUAAGCAAUAUCUAUAUGAUACCAUUGUCGAUAUCCCUGAUCAAUGGGGUGUGAUUCUAAUGAUUUCCAAAAUGGAAAGUAUCUACAAUAUUUUAGAAAUGUAUGAUAGAAGUAUGUUUCAAACAUUGUCAUAUAGUAAUAAGUGUCUGGUUAUCUGGAUCAUCAAAUUAUAAGGGUUGACCGGCCUAGGAGCUAACAACCCCAAUGGUCAACCCCAAUAACUUGUGCCCAAUUGAAAAAAAACUAAAAACUUGUCAGCAGUCCCGCUAUUUCUGGUCCCUGGUGUAGCAGAAGUGGCUUGGUCCAGUGACUGCUGCAGCCAAUCAAUGGUCUCAGUAGAUACACUAGUAGCCACCACUGAUUGGCCACAGGGGUCACGAGACCAAGCGGCUGGAAAACGGUCUGCAGCGGGCCUGUGCAAAUGUGAGGGGCAUAUACUAUUGGGUUUAUUGGCUCCUACCCUUUUAAACUCAGAUUAUAUUUAUAAGAAAAAAAGCAAAACCUACAAUUCAGCUUUGUUACUGGUGAUCUAUUAGGGUCCAGUCAGACAUGGCAAAUCUGUUAAAGAAAUAUCUUCAACUGUCCCAAACAUCCGAAUAGGACGUGUAGAAAUCCUCCUGCCUACCACCAACACAACCCCCAUUCAGAUGAAUAAAACUGACCUUAAAAGGGUUUUCUGAGAUUUUAUUACAGAUGACCCAUCCAUAGUAUCUGAUCGUGGGGGUCUGACAUCCAGGACCCCCUCUGAUCAGCUGUUUGAGAAAGCACUGGCUUUCCUGUAAGUGCCGCAGGUUUCUUCUUGCUCACCAAGCACCAUACCGUACGUUAUAUAGCGGCUGUACUUGGUAUUGCAGCUCAACCCCUUUCACUUCAAUGGAGCGGAGUUGCGCCUAGGCCAUGUGCCCGAUGAACAUUGAGUUACUGGCAUAGGAAGAGCUGAGAGAAGGAGGAGCACUGGCGCCUUAUCAAACAGCUGAUCAGCGGGGGUUCUGGGUGUCGGACCCCCACCAAUCAGAUACCGUUGACCUAUCCAGAGGAUAGGUCACCAGUAUUAAAAUCUCAAAAAAAAAACCUUUAAGUUACAGCAAUUUCUGCAACAAACCUACCUUCCUGGGAUUAGUAUAUUAAUGGCCUAUCAUUAGGAAAUGGGAUCAAUAUCAGAUUGGCAGGAAAUCGGCUCCAGCCAUUGUGUAGUGGACAGAGCUGGUUGCUGCAGCGCUGCUCCCAUUAAAGCAAAUGAGAGAAAUGCUGCAGUAAACGGCUCCUUCCACUACAGAAUAGAGGGCGCUAUCGCAGAAAAGCUUAACAAAAAGCCAUCAAUAUAAAAGCCCGGAGAACCCCUUUAAAGCAAUCUACACAUGAGUACUCUCAUUAGAAACCCUGCUUUGUAUCUCGAGCCUUUCCAUCAUGAAUGAUGCAGGCCAUUCCUAAAGCUUAGGCAGACAACUGACCCAUGAUUCAUAAUAUAGGUACAUCAUAUAAAACCACAAUAAUUAAACCAAAUGUGAUGUUUUAGUCAAGAAACAUUUAUGAAGCAGAGUCACGCAUCCUUAUUUGUAGGAGUUAUUGCCAUGUGCUUUUACGAGAUGUUUAUUCAUCAAAAUUUGAUGACAUUUUUUGCUUUCCAAAAACUAUUCAACCAAAAAGGUAGGUUUCCUAUGUAGAACAUUGGACACAGUUUGCAAUUUGUUGAGAUAUGGCUGCACAGAUCUCUGGAAGAAAUUCUCACUUAUUGGAGAAAAUGUUUAUACCAAAUUAUUUGUAUCCAUCAAGUUGUUUUUUGUAUUUAGUGAUAUUUACAAAAACUAUUCUAUUUUUUCCUAGUAUGUUCUCCUCUAAGAUUGUGCAUUGCACCUACUGUACAUAAUAGCAUUCAUCUCUUUAGUAAGCUAUAGAUACUACAGAGAGCCUCUCCCCCUAUGAUCUCCAUCAUAAACAGGGCUCAUGAUCAAAUAUAAAACUGCUAUCCCAUCUCAGAUGAAUAGAAACAGACACAUAGUGGGUGCAGUAUACUCAUAUACCACAUGCUACAAUAAAGUGUCAGAAGAAACUUUAUGCCAAGUUUUCUGGAAUCCAUACAAGAAUCUCAGUUGUGCUUGAUGGUACAGUAUGGGUUAGUAGGGCUUCUUAUACAUUUAAGCCAAUGCAUAUUUCACUGUAGGCACUCCAUGCAGCGCCAUACGGUACGUCUGUAUAACACUGUAUUAAGGCCAUAUUCACCCUUAGAAGCAAUGCUAAGGAUAUGGCAACACAUCCAGGUUUAUUGCCGCAGUUUUGGAAGCCAAAAUUGAGAAGUAUAAUAUGAUUAACUCCGGAUGUUGGCUACCAAAAUUACAUCCCGAAAAUUGAACGUCUGGCCGUACCCUAAGAGGAGAAUAUCUCUUUAAUAUGGCAUCUGAUAUGAAAAAGGGUUUGACCCCAUUGCUUUGUAUCUCUGCUAUGGAGCAGCAACCUAAUUGUGUGUAUGAACCUUUAGCCAAAUUAUGAAGGGGG